UUCGACGUCGACGUCGUCGUCGUCGGCGUCGUCGUCGUCGUCCUCCCCUUUACCCUCUGUCUCACGCUCGCCGCUCACCUGGCCCCGUGAGGUGCAGGACAGGAUCUGGAAGGCGGUGCGCGACGGGAUAAUGGCCAAGGAUUCUGGGUUCCCGUUCAGCAAGAUGAAGCUGGAGACGCGGACCGCCAGCGGCGUCGAGGAGGGCACGUGGGCCCUCACGACGGCCAACUUCCUGACGGGCAGGGUGACGCACAGCCUCAUCGCGACGCACGAGAAGGAGCACCCGAUAGGCCUCAUGGACCUCGGUGGCGGCAGCACGCAGAUCGCCGUGCCCACCCAGAUGGGCGCCGUGGUGCACAGCUACCUCGGGUUUGGUAUGACGCACAUCAGGGAGCAGAUCCACAACGAGAGCAGAGGGGGCGAAGACCUUGGGUGCUACAUGCGCGGCUACACCGUGGGCCCCGGCAAGGAAGGC